CAUUGCUGUUUCUUUUCAUUAUCCAUUCAUUCAUAUCAAUUUUUUCUGCUUCCAUCUCAUCUUCGUUACAUUUGAGCUUCCAUGGCAACUAUCUCUGCUACUUCGGUUAGGUUUGGGUCUUCACUUAAACUGUCCUCCAGGACUGGGCAGGUAACUGGAAGGUCCAUCACAAGUGUUGUCUCUGUUGGCUGGGCAAAGAAUGGCUUUCCUUCGUUGAGGAGCUCAUCUUUCCGUGUCUCUUGUGCGGCGAAACCCGAGACAGUACAAAAGGUUUGUGAGAUUGUGAGAAAGCAACUGGUGUUGUCUCCCGAGACUGAGCUCACCCCUGAGUCCAAGUUUUCUGCCCUUGGUGCCGAUUCUCUUGACACGGUAGAAAUAGUGAUGGGACUAGAGGAGGAGUUCGAUAUCAGUGUUGAAGAAGAUAACUCACAGAACAUUACAACUGUUCAAGAAGCCGCUGACUUGAUAGAAAGCAUUAUCCAGAAGAAGGGCGAAGCAUAGAGGAGAUACAGAGAGAGCGUGUAUUAGAAGUAGCGAGAGAAGACUGAGGUUUCGAACGGGUAAGAUGCAUUAUUAUGUGCAUGUGCUUGGUGUGUCGUUUUGAUAAUUUGUAAUGUUUUGACAAAUUGAAUUGCAUUCUUUUUCCAACCUUGCGGAUUUAAGUGUGAAAUGAAAUUAAUGAAGAUUGAAUUGGAUUAAGUUAAGAUGCAA